AUGAGAGAGCAAGGCUAUUAUGAGAAUAUUGAAUCGUUUGAGGACGACAUCAAUGAUGGAUUGAGCAGUCUGAACUUUGACUUGGAGGCAAAUAAUGUCAAUUUGGGUGAUACGAGAGCUGGUUUGGAUGCAGUGGCAAAAACAGAGAUUAGAAAAAUUAUGGAUGACCGUGGGUUGAGCUUUGACGAAGCCAGGUUGGAAUAUACCAAAGGAAGGUUUAAUGAAAAUGGCAUUGAUGAAGAUGGGCUUCCACGAGAUCCCAAAUUAGUUAGAUUUUAA